CGGAGAGAGCCGAGGUGCCGGCGGCGGGGAGUCGAGUGUGGAGGUGAGCGCCCCUCGGUGGCAGGGACCUCUGCCCCCUGCCGCCUCCCUCUUGGGGCUGUUUCCAAUCCUCGUUCCCGUCCAGGGCCCCAACCCCAGCGCCGUGCGAGAGAGGAGAGGAUCCCUUGGCAGAGUUUCUAAGCACUCAAGGUGCAAAGUUGCAAGUGGAGGACUAGAUGAUCAGACUCUGCAAUUCGAAUCACCUGGAAAGAUGAACAACUCUGAUGCCAAGACCAACCUCAGGCCAACUAAAUUGGCCUCUCUUGGAUAGGACCCAGGCACUGUGAUUCCAUGUGUGGCCAAGUUCCAGAACCAUCGGGUCAUGGCAGGUCACCUCGACCUCCUCGUAGGAGUGGUGCUCAUGGCCAGCCCCGGGUUUGGAAUUUCUUCCUGCUCCUUGGAUGCUCGGGUGGCUCUCUAUCGUUUCUGCAACCUCACCCAGAUCCCCCGGGUCCUCAACACCACGGAGCGUCUCCUGCUGAGCUUCAACUACAUCAGGACGGUCACUACCACGUCAUUCCCCUUUCUGGAGCAGCUGCAGCUGCUAGAGCUGGGGACCCAGUUCACCCCCUUGACAAUUGACAGAGAAGCCUUCCGGAACCUGCCCAAUCUGAGGAUCUUGGACCUGGGCCAGAGUCAGGUCAGCUUCCUGCACCCAGACGCCUUCCAGGGACUCCUGCACCUGCUGGAGCUUCGGUUGUUUGCCUGCGGUCUCUCGGAUGCCAUCUUGCGAGAUGGCUAUUUCAGAAAUUUGAAUUCUUUAUCUCGCCUGGACCUCUCCUUCAAUAAGAUCCACAGCCUUUCCCUUCACCCCUCCUUCGGGGAGCUGAGUUCCUUGCAGUCUGUAGACUUCUCCCACAACCAAGUGCCAGCCGUGUGUGAGAGUGAGCUCAGGCCUCUCCAAGGGAAGCAGCUCGCCUUCUUCGGCCUCGCGGAUAAUAACCUGUACAGCAGGGUCGCUGUGGACUGGGAGGCGUGUGGGAAUCCCUUCAGGAACAUGGUGCUGGAGACCCUGGACGUUUCCAGCAACGGCUGGAACGUGGACAUCACGGGAAACUUCAGCCGUGCCAUCAGUGGGAGCCAGACUACCUCUCUGAUUCUCGCCCACCACAUUAUGGGUUCUGGAUUUGGCUUCAACAACCUCAAGGAUCCCACCCAGGACACGUUUGCUGAGCUGGCCAGAAGCUCGGUGCUGCACCUGGAUCUGUCCCAUGGGUUUAUCUUCUCCCUGAACCGCAGACUCUUUGAGACCCUCAAAGCCUUGAAGUUUCUGAACCUCGCCCACAACAAGAUAAACAAGAUUGCCAACGAGGCAUUCUAUGGACUCGACAAACUCCAGAUUCUCAAUAUGUCACAUAACCUUUUGGGAGAGCUUUAUGAUUCUGAUUUUUAUGGACUACCUGAGCUCACCUAUGUUGAUCUUCAAAAGAAUCACAUUGGGAUCAUUCAGGCCCAAACCUUCAGAUUCCUGGAAAAAUUAAAUACGUUGGAUCUCCGGGAUAAUGCUCUGAAAACCAUUUCUUCUAUCCCGAGCAUACCCACCAUCCUUUUGGGGAACAAUAAGCUGGUGUCUUUGCCAGACAUCCACCUUACAGCCAAAUUCAUCCAGCUGUCAGAGAACAGGCUAGAACACCUGGAUGACCUCUACUUCCUCCUCCGGGUACCGCAACUCCAGAUUCUCAUCUUGAAUCAGAACCGCCUUUCCUCCUGUCAACAAAGCCACACCCCUUCAGAGAAUCUCAGCUUGGAACAACUUUUCCUGGAAGGAAAUAUGUUGCAGCUCGCCUGGGAAUCCGGCCUGUGUUGGGACGUUUUCCACGGGCUUUCUCGUCUGCAAAUCCUGUUUUUGAAUAACAACUACCUUAAUUUCCUUCCACCUGGAGUGUUUAGCCACCUGACUGCAUUAAGGAGCCUCAAUCUCAAGUCUAACAGGCUGACAGCUCUCGCGCCGGGCAGUUUCCCUGCCAGUUUAGAGAUUCUGGAUGUAUCCAGGAACCAGCUCCUCUCUCCCGAUCCGCAUUUAUUUGCCUCACUGAGCGUCUUGGACAUAACCCAUAACAAGUUCAUCUGUGUGUGUGAACUUAACAUGUUUAUCAGUUGGCUUAACAAAACCAACGUCACUAUAUUUGGAUCUCCCGAAGACCUCUACUGCAUGUAUCCCGACUCAUUCUUUGGGGUUUCGCUCUACUCUGUUUCCACGGAGGGCUGUGAUGAAGAGGAAAUGUUGAAGUCCUUGAGGUUUUCCCUGUUCGUCGUGUGGACUGUCGCUCUGACGCUGUUCCUCGCGGCCACCCUCGGAGUCACACAGUUCCGGGGGCUUUGCUUCCAGUGUUACCAGGCUGCCCAGAGGCUGGUGUUUGAGGACCAUCCCCAGGGAACAGAACCCGAUACAUACAAGUAUGACGCCUACCUGUGCUUCAGCGGCAAAGACUUUGAGUGGGUGCAGAAUGCUUUGCUCAGACACCUGGACAGGCAGUACAGUGACCAAAAUAGAUUCAACCUCUGCUUUGAAGAAAGAGACUUUGUCCCAGGGGAAAACCACAUAGCCAACAUCCAGGCUGCCGUGUGGAGCAGCAGAAAGAUCAUCUGUGUGGUGAGCAGACACUUCCUGCGCGAUGGCUGGUGCCUGGAAGCCUUCAGUUAUGCCCAGAGCAGGUGUUUCUCUGACAUCAGCAGCGCGCUCAUCAUGGUGGUGGUCGGGUCCCUGACCCAGUACCAGUUGAUGAAGCAUCAGUGCCUCCGAGGAUUCGUCCAGAAGCAGCAGUACUUGAAGUGGCCCGAGGAUCUCCAGGAUGUUGGCUGGUUUCUCAGCAAGCUCUCUCAACACAUAGUAAAGAAAGAAAAAGAAAAGAAGAAAGACGAAAACAUUGUGUUGCAAACGGUGGCCACCAUCUCCUAGUCCAAGGAGCAGUGUGCAAUUUCUCUGAAGCUGCAAAUAGCUCUUCGUGUUGUCUGUGCACCGGUACCACUGCAGGGCCCCUUCUUGGAGUCGCUUUCCUACUGUGAAAACAACAGAAAUCUCUUGAUGUUCGUGUCAACAGGAUGAUUUGUCUCACUGACCUCCAAAUGGAAAAUAAGAGAUCUAGAAAAUUAGAACUGCCCCUCGAGGUGCCCCCGUCCACUGAUUUCCUUUCAGACCCAAUAAUUCUGUUCUCCCCUGAUGUAUCGACUGCAGAAUGCGCCCUCGCCAGGAAAGGGCACCUUGGGAGAAGUUACAGGUGUCUGGCACCCGCGCUCUGGCAUUCAACCAAGAAGGGGAGGCUCAAUGACUGAGUUUUCUGUGCUCUGCAAAAACAAUGCUAAGUAGAAGACAAAAGAAGAUGAACAGCAGGUGCAGGCCACCCCCUCUCCUAAAGAUUAGUGGUGGCCUCCAAGAAACUGGGAUAGGAAUGCCUGCCUCUCUUGUGGCCGUACUGUACUUCCUGUCCACAUCUUCAGCUCCUCUGGGUCCAACGCUGUGGGCCCCCAGCAUUCUUUUGCACACUACCUUUCUUUCAUCCCGGCAUUCAAGACUUCGCAUGACUGAGCACCAACCUACUUUUUGGACCUUAUUUCCCACCACACCUCACUUAUCGGGUCCCCAGGCUAUUAUGGAAAGAACGUGGACUUUGCGCACGGAUCUGGAUUGAGUUCUGGUUCUGCUGCUUUUUAGCUGUGUGCCAUGUUACACCCUUGCUGUGUGCCUCAGUUUUCUCACCUGCAGGCAUAAUAACAUCCACCUACCAGAGUUGCUGUGACAAUGAGAUUGUCAAAGGAUGUUAGAGCUUCUUGGGUCUUUUCAAUGAUUACCCUAAUGGCCACAAGAGAGUGAGGAGCCUGGGAGGCCAUCUGGGGACUGUUGCAAUUUCUUUGAAG